AUGCCCGACUUGCCCAGGCCAGACGGGCGCAAGUGCGUCACGUGCCCGCGCCGGGACAACGACCUCGACCCUCGCGACCUCGCGAAGGGCAAGCGGGUCUUCAUGUCCUGGGGCCGCCCUUGCGACACGCAGGGCAAGACGGUCGGCAACCACUGCGGGUACUGCAUGCGGUGGUUCAACGGCAACCUGAAGCAACUCCCAGGGAUGACCUUGACGAUUUUCAAGCAGCAGCUCGGGGCCCACACCGCCCGGACGGAGGCCUUCGGCCUGAUUCUGGACAAGAUGAUCCAGGAGAUGAUCGACGAGGGCAUCGACGAAGGCACCCGCGCCCGCAUGGAUUGGGACAAGAUACACGAGUCCAUUUUGGAGCAGGUCAUGAUCAAGGAGUCGGUGAAGACGGGCCCUGGGAAGACGUUCUUCCCGCAUAAGAGCUAUCUCAGAGUGCACGGCGACUUCGGCACGAACGGCUUGGCCGAGAAGGACGGGCACUACGAGGGGGAGGACGAGAAUGGCGUGGCGGGGAUAUGGGUCCCUGAUGUGGAGUGCACUCACUACGGCAGGAAGGAGCGCCAGCAGGUCGUCAAGACCGUGCGGCUGGGGCAGGGGCCUGACGAGUCGGUCGCCCAGAAGCAGGCCCGCGUGGCCGACAUGCUGUUCCCCGGCAUCCUGGCCACGCUCAACCUCGACGGCGCCAUCGACCAGCUCUUGGGCACCUCGACCGCAAGCGGCGGCCCGUCCACCCUUGGGGCCCCAGCUCGCCCUGCCCCAGCCUGGGCCCCAGCGCAGCAGCAGCCGCAGGGCUCGGGCUCCCGCAGCGCCGGCGCUGCUGGCCCGCCCGACGCAGGCGCCGGGCCGCCGCCUGCGGCGUCGGCAUCGGCCCGCCCCUCCCGCGGAGCUGCGGGCGGCGCCAAGGGCACCCCCGCCGCUGCGGGCCUUGUCGGCGCGGUCGGCGGCUCCGCCCCCGCAGCGGCGGCGCCUGCAGCAGCGGCGCCGAAGAAGCGCGGGCGCAAGCCAGCUAAGGACCUGAUCAAGGAGACCACAGACUUGGAGAUGAGAUUUUUCACGUCGGAGCCCAAUGACGCCCUCAUUUGGGGGAGUGAACAGGACACGCAGCUCAAGCUCAACGACGAUCUGGCGAAACAGUUCCCGACGAAGCUGCGCGGCAUCACAAACGAGGAGGAGCAUCGCGUGUACAAGAUGGCUGAGAAGAAGCUCUCCGUGAUCACGACCCUGAUGCGGAUCGCGGGGCUGUCUGGAGACGAGCUGCGCUCCAAGUACGACAUCGCCAUGACCGCCCUCGCUCUCGAACCAGUGGUGGACUUGAACAUCCCGCCGCACUUGCGCUGGGCCAGGCAGAAGGUUGACAUUUCCAGGGUCGAGGACCCCAAGAUGUUCUUCAACCUCAUCUCCAGCAGUGCGAUGCGCAAGCUCGGCCUCAGCUCCUCGAGCAUUGCCGACGAGCAGGAGCAGCUAAUUUCGGAUCGGUUGUCUACGUGCCUCCGCAUCAAGUCCGACAGCAAGCGCACUGCUGCGCUCCAGGCACUCGCGGCAGACGACGACGACAUGAUCUUCGACCUCGAGCCGGGGCCGUCCGAGUGGUGGGCAGCGUUCCAGGUGAUCUACAGCGCCAAGACCGCCACGCACGAGUCCGUCGAGGUGCUCUCGGACAUGCUCACAGAGGCGAUCGACGUGAUUAAGCCCACGCUGCCGCAGAAGGGCCGGGGGGGAACCUCGCUGGGCAGUGCGCUUGCCAUGUGGCCCGCAGGCAAGGUCAUCAUGCUGGAUGCCGAGGAGCAUCUCAAGCGGGCCGGCGCUACCAUGCAGGCCAUGGGGCCGUUCUUAGAGAAGGUGGAGGGCCUCGCAGUGAGCAUCGCCAGGUGCCUGCCUGAUAUCUUCUCUUGCGAGCGCCACUGGCUGGACGACGCCGUGGGCGCGAUGCUGGCGGUCACCACGUCCCUCGAGUCUUUAUCUGACUGCCUCCCUGAGUUCACUCCUGACGCGGAUGACCACCGGAUCGUCGGCGCCGUGACCAAGUGGGUCGACUUCUUGAACCAGGGGUGGUCCCACGUGCUGUCGCCUGUCCUGACGCGGACUUUGACUGGCCCAGCGUUGGCGCAGUGGGUCCAGGACUCGGCCGACCGUCGCCACGUGCUCACGACGUACACGAACACCACCCUCAAGUUCAAGAGCAUGAUCCCGAAGCUUGCGAGCCAGAUCGCAGCGGCGUCGCAGCUUUGCAACAUCGGGGAGGCGUUGAGCCGCUGGCAUUCGCUGUCUACCGCGUCGAAUGCAUCUUCCUUCACCGCCGGCGACUUCAAGUCCAUUCUGUCCGUCAUCGCGUCCAGCAUGAAGCCCAUCCACGAGGGUGCCGCUUGUCAUUUCGAGGACGUGAGCGCGCCGCUGCAUGUUCUUGAGUCGCCUGCGAUGGACCCGCAGGGGGACAUCAUGAUGCGGAUGAUGGAGGCUGCAAAUCAGACGAGUGGCGUGAUCUUGAACCCGAUGGUGAACCACACCCUCACAAUCCUUGGCGCAGCUUGCAGCGACAAGCCAUGGUCGUGCACUUCUCUGGACGAGUCCACGCUCCAAUCCAUCGUGGACGCGAAGACCCCCGAGUCGAUCCCGGAGGCCCUGCGGUUCGCCGCUGACCUUGGCGAUGCGCUCUUGCACCACCAAGUUGCCUUUGCCGCUGCGGCGACGCAAAUGUUUCAGAGCUUGUGCGCUGUGCAGCUCCGGAAGUUCGCCCGCGCCAAGGCCACGAGUUUCAAGGACCUGCUCCUGGGGGGGGACGAUGUCACGCGGUGGAGGGUAGUGAACGCCCGCUGGAAGAACUUCGAGAAGCUCGAGGGUGGCAGUGCGACGCGCUUCCACAUGUCCCUGAUGGACAACCGCCUGAAACCGAACGCGGUCCUGGAGAGCUUGGCGCAUGACCUGGCGGCCUUGCAAAAGGAAAUGGCCCAGUACAUCCACGACGACCUCGAGGCCAUCGCGGGGAACUUGGACGCCAAGAUGCCCGUCUAUUCGGCCAGCUCCAUCCUGGACAGCCCCACGGCGAUGCAGCACGUCAUGGACGCAGACCACGGCAGUUUGACGACGGUGGGCCUGGCGCUGCAGCACGAGCUGAGGUUCGCGAAGGUGCUUUCCAAGGACGGCCUUCCGAUCGAGGCGGCGCGCGUCUCGCGCGCGGAGGCGGCCUCGGACGCCGCCCUUGCGACGGUGGCUAUUGCAGCGGUGCUCAUUUGCACUGAGCGCGAGUGGCCGGAGAAGAAAUUCACGGACCUCGACGCGUGCCGGGCUGCCGUGAAGACGCUGCGCAAGGACAUCGCCCGCACGGGCUGGACUCCCACCGACCAGAUCGAGGAGCUCCUCGUCGCGUGGGAGUCGGGCCUGCACCUGCGCGGCGAGACGCAGCGCCGCAAGCUGAGCCGCGGCCUUUCCACGGUGGCGGAGUCCCCGGAGGCGAGGGCCACCCCGCAGCGCCCGCAGAAGCGGUCUUUGGCCGAGCGCAUGGCUGCGCGCAAGAGCCAGCGUGGCUCGGCCUAG